UUCACCCAAUCGGGACGCCUUGUUAGCCGCCAUGGCGGAAGAGGGUCGAGAGAAUGCCUGGUAAAUAACCUAAGAUUGAACCGAAGAAGCGACGAAGAGCGGUGUUGCGUAUAACUAUCGGAGGCACCCAGAAUGAUGUUUGUUCGGAGAGGGCGGUGAUGUUCCUGGCGGUAGCUACAAGGGUGCUCACCUUACAGGCAGCAUGUCGGGGGACAAAGCCCCACUACUCCCCUAAAGUGCAGGGACCCCAGCACUGGCGCAUCACCAUCAAUUGGAUUUGGGACUUGAAAGUCAAACAGCGCAGCCUCGCCAAGAGACCCAUCUUGUUCAAGACUCAAUCCUACCAUUGCAUCACGGCAUCACGGCAUCACGGCAUCACGGCAUCACAACAUUACGACAUCAAUUGA